CAAUCGAAUGCAGAAAUUUAUGUCUACCUUACAUUGUUAGCAUACAGAAUUAUGUUGACUACAAACAAUUCAUCGAUUUGCCGAAAUGACUGACGUUUCAAACUUUCAACAUUCUCAUGAGUAUUUUUCUUGAAUCAUCUAAGAGAUUUCAAAUUUCAAAUAAAGAUGAUGAAAAAGAUGGCAAAAAUCGGUCGUCUGUGCAACACUAUUCGUUUACAUUCAUCAUCAUCAAUUAAAGUGGGAUCAAAAGUGUCGGAGAAGCGUGUCUUUUCCCGUGAAGAUGUACAGAAAUUUUGUCAAAUUAUUGGUGACACCAAUCCAGUUCAUUUUGAUGAUGGAGCAGCACAACGAUUGAAUUUCUCUAGCAUAAUAGUUCCAGGACUACAAUUGAAUGGCACCGUUGCCUCGAUAAUCGGUAGCAAGUUACCUGGACCUGGCUCAAUAUUGGUUAAGCAGUUCUUGGAUUUUGUGAAUCCAUGUUAUAUUGGUGAACAAGUUGAAACCACGGUAUGGAUAAGUGCCUUGAAGAAGAAAUUCAUCGAAUGUCAAUAUGAAUGUAUUGUCCAUAGUAGUGCUAAAGUUGUAAUGAAAGGAAAUGCACUUAUUUAUAAACCUGUAAUACCCGAAAUGAAAUGAAAUAAAAAUAUUUCAAUAAAUAAA